CACCCGCUUCAGCAGAUUCCACGAAAUAGGACUUCCUGUACUCCUGUCGAGACACUCAACCAUUCCAGCAAAUCUUGAUCGAUCUCCCCAACCUCGGUAUCACCUCAAGACAGUGUGUGUGGGUGUGUGUCACGUUCAAUCUCCAAACUGUGGUGCGGGAAGCCAAGACCGAGCAUGACCGAGGCCCUCCGGCCGCCCGCGGUCCAGGUGAGCAUCCCUCUCGACGCCCCCGUCUACUCGGACGGCGGCAACCACGCCGCCUCGGACCAUUCCGUCUGGUCCAGCUACUCCACCCCGACGCUGCGGCGGAAGCGCUUCAAGAUGCGCCGCAUGAGGAACGUGCCGAGCGAGCGGGAGAAGGAGAAGGAGCGGGAGAAAGAGCGGGAGAAGGGCUCGCCGGCGAACGGGCGCCCGGCGAGCCGCUCCCACUCGGCCUCCAAGGAGUACCUGCAGCUGCCCUCCAUCGAGAUCACGCCAUCCAGCGACGAGGACGCCAUAUCCUCCUGGUCCAACUGUUCCACGCCCAGCGCCUCGCCGCGCCGCAAGCGCUUCCUGCUCCGCAAGUGGCUGAGGGUGCGCGAGAAGAAGGAGCACGGCAGCGAGAGCAGCUCCAAGCAGUCUGUCCAGCAGAGCAGCCAGCAGAGCAGCCAUGAAGACGACUCCACUCGCUUCCUGACCCCCCUCAUCCGAGAGGAGAGGUCUGACAGUGCAGUGGACAGGAUCAGCACUGCCAGUAACUCGAACAGGAGCACGCCCGCUUGCUCGCCCAUCCUGCGUAAGCGCUCGCGCUCGCCCACGCCCCAGAGCCUGGAGGGUGAGACCAUGGUGGAGAAGGGCUCGGACCACUCCUCUGACAAGUCCCCCUCCACCCCCGAGCAGGUGGUCCAGCGCACCUACUCCGUGCAGUCUGCGCGCAGCGGAGGAAAGAACUCCAAGAAGAGCCAGAGCUGGUACAACGUGCUGAGCCCCACGUACAAGCAGCGGAAUGAGGACUUCAGGAAGCUGUUCAAACAGCUGCCGGACUCCGAGCGCCUCAUCGUCGACUACUCCUGCGCCCUUCAGCGGGACAUCCUCCUUCAGGGACGCCUCUACCUCUCCGAAAACUGGAUCUGUUUCUAUAGCAACAUCUUCCGCUGGGAAACGCUGCUGACCGUGCGGCUGAAGGACAUCUGCUCGAUGACGAAGGAGAAGACCGCACGCCUUAUCCCCAAUGCCAUCCAGGUGUGCACAGACUCAGAGAAGCACUUUUUCACCUCAUUCGGUGCACGAGACAGGACUUACAUGAUGAUGUUCAGACUGUGGCAGAAUGCUCUCCUGGACAAGCCCCUGUGCCCCAAAGAGCUGUGGCACUUUGUGCACCAGUGCUACGGCAACGAGCUGGGCCUGACGAGUGAUGACGAGGAUUACGUUCCCCCGGACGACGACUUCAACACCAUGGGGUUCUGCGAGGAGAUCCCCAACGAGGAGAAUGAGGUCAUCAAUGACAACUCGUCCAAGAGCAGCGCCGAGGCCAGGCACGAUGGAAGCCCGCUGCCCGCGCACAAGAAGUCCCUCUCCACCAGCGCCCUGGCCACGCCCCCCGGCGGAGACACGCCUCUCUCAUUCGACCUGACCACAGAGGAGUACACCGACUGCCUCCCUGGGGGAGAGCUGCUGGCCAUCCCCCUAGUGGACGAGAGUGCUGAGCCCGGGGGCCUGGUGCCCUCGCCCUCGCUCGACUUCAACGACAACGAGGACCUCCCCACUGAGCUGAGCGACUCCUCGGAGACCCACGACGAAGGGGAAGUACAGGCCUUCCACGAAGACCUGAACGGGCGGCAAUACAUAAACGAAGUGUACAAGUUCAGCGUGGACAAGAUGUACGACAUCCUCUUCGCAGAGUCCCAGUUCAUGAACGACUUCAUGGAGCAGCGCAGGUUCUCAGAUGUGGUCUAUCACCCGUGGAAGAAGGAGGAUGCCGGGAACCAGACCAGAGAGAUACUGUACACUAUCUCACUGUCAAACCCUCUGGCACCCAAGACGGCUACGGUCACAGAAACACAGACAUUAUACAAGGCCAGCCAGGAGAGUGAAUGCUACAUCAUCGACGCCGAAGUCAUAACCCACGACGUCCCCUACCACGAUUACUUCUACACAGUCAACCGCUACAUGCUCACCAGGGUGGCCAAGAACAAGUGUCGUUUAAGGGUGUCCACUGAGCUACGCUACAGGAAGCAACCAUGGGGACUGGUUAAGGGCUUCAUCGAGAAGAACUUCUGGAGCGGGUUGGACGAGAACUUCCGCCUUCUUGAGUUGGAGCUGGCUAAGUUGGAGGACAUGCUGACGGAGGCUCACCUGCCGUCCCCGAAGGCCAAGGUGGCCACGGUGAGGCGGCGGAAACGGCCGCUGGUGCACCUCCGGGGCCCGCACAUGGACGAGGCCCUGAGCCCCGUCACCACGCCCACCGACGAGGAGGUGAUCCACCGCAUCAAGCACGUGGCGGGCUCCACCCAGACCAGGCACACGCCCGAGCAUCUGCCGGGGGGGUUGGGCCUCUACAGCGUCUCCAAGCUGCUGCUCAUCAUCAGCUUUGUCCUGGUUCUCCUGGUGUUCCUCAACAUGAUGCUGUUCUACAAGCUGUGGAUGCUGGAGUAUUCUGCACAGUCUCUCACUACUUGGCAGGGCCUGCGGCUUCAUGAAAGCAAACUGCCUCAGACACAGAUGGAGUGGGCCCAGCUCUUAGAGUCCCAACAACGUUACCAUGACGCUGAGCUGCACAAAUGGAGAGAGAUCAUAAAGUCAUCUGUGCUGCUGCUAGACCAGAUGAAAGAUUCUUUGUUGAACCUUCAACGAGGCAUCGGCUUGAGGGAGCACAGCUCAGAAGCUGAAGAGAAAAGAAGUCGCUACCACUGACAUACGACCCCUCCCAGGCCUUGAGGGGAUGGUGUGCAAUAUAGGAACUGUUUGUGUGUGAACAUUCAGACGUAAACAAACAGAGAGAGGGGGAGAGGAGAGAGACAAACUGUCUGCUGCUGUUCCCAACUGCGGGGGGGGGGGGGAGGCAGAGGGACGGUGUGAACCCCCCCCCCCCGCCCUAGCUCAGAGGUCGACCGUGGACAGGAGAGACGCCAAACCUCACGACAGACUGGAAGUGAGGUGUCGUCGUCGUCGUCGUCUCCACUCCACACACACACACACAGCACCGAGGCAUCAAAGUGAGCAGCCGCAGGGACCCUUACGCGCCUGUCUCGCCUCCUGUCCUCCCUCAAGGACCGUCGGCGCUCGGGUUGGGGGGGGUUGGGGGGGGAAGAAUGUGCAGCAUGCGAUAUGUCCUCUUCACCGCGACUCCUCUCUGCAAACGUCCACGGCGCUCUUCCUGCUCCGCGAGAGCUCAAGGAAGAACAAACGUAGGGGAGGAGGGCGGGCGGGCGGGGGGGGGGGGGGGAGGGGGGGGGGGGGAGGGUCCUCACAGUCCUAUAGGCUUUCUACACUUCCUCGACUGUUCCGAACCUGAUCAUCCCCUAGGGGUCCUCGCUGCAGUGUCCCUUUUGUUAACCCCUUCAGAUCCUGGGCCCAGAUCGACGGCGUUCUCAGAGUAGCAGGAUCACCAGCACAGGGAUGGGGGAGAGCACGUUCCGCAUGUGGAAACUAACUUCCACCCAAAUGUCUACUGCCUUGUUUUAAACCUGGUCGUAUCCAGGUGGGUCUGGGGGCUGGUUCCCUUGACUCCCUGGUCCCAGGUGUUGUGUUGGUGUAUUUAUUAUGUCUUACUGGAAGAUUCCAUUUCUGAUCAAGGAUAAUCCUCAUGCACACCCAGUGUUUAUGAGCGAUAUCUAGAUUGCUGUGCAUUACUGAUAGGCAAAUGAAGUGUCCCCAUAACUUGGUCAAGCUUUAGCGGUAAAGUGUGGGGUCAAAUGUGAACCUGAGUACUUCCCACAGGUUACAAUGUUCAGUGCUGUAUUAUAUUGCAUCUAUACUAUUGCUAUCCUACAUUGUGUGACUUGGCCCAAACAAUCUAAUGGCCGUCAUAUACAUCACCUUACCAGUCGUGAAACCGUAUUUAGAAUCUGGAAUUCCGAAUUGAAUUAUGUGUUGCCAGGGAUCCUCUUUUCACGAGACAUCACAACUCAACAAUUGGUGACUCUUUUUAUGCACAGUCCAGAUUUCCUUUGUGAUGUUGCAUAUAUGUCCAAAUGAGUUCCUAGGUGUCCCUGUGAGCAGAGAAUGUAACGGAAUCUUCCCGAAUCAUCUGUUUGUUUUGGUUUUGUUUUUGAAGGAACAUUUGGAGAAAACACCCUGAUGAUGCUUAGAUGAUGUCAUUUGAAAAAGGGACACUGCAGCUAGGCAAUUGGGGUGACGUGUGUUCUUAAGUGUUUUAUUACUAAACUGUGAUUAUAUCUCUUUCAAAUGUUUGAAGAUGGAAUUAUAUGAAUAUAUUUGAAAUAUAUAUGUAUAUUUCACUAUUUAAUAUAUAUUUCAAAAUAUA